UCAGAGUUUUAAUAGUCCAUUAUUCGCUCUGAGGUCUGUGUUAAUGUUGAUAAUAUGUAGAGACUGACGUACAAUAUUUUCAAAGCUCUUAUUUUCAGGUUUAAUUUAACAAUUUGUUAAGCUCAAAGGAAACAAAACAGUGAAAUCAUGGAACUUUACGGAUAUAUCAUUACUUUAGCUGGAAUCAGUUGCAUACCAUUGGCAGCCGCACAAAAUUUGGCAGCGUUGCUUGGAAGUCUUGGGGGCUUAGGAUUUGGAGGAGAUGGGCCCAGUUUUAACAUGCAAAUGGGAGGUGGAGGGGGUGGAGGCAAUAGCAAUUGUCCAUACCAGGCUCAUCCAGACAGAAUCAAGUUUACCCAGAUAGUCAACAACAGGCAGAUGACCCAGAAUUGCGCACCGGGCACUUUGUUUGACGUUAGCAAAUGUAGCUGUGUUAAUGCACCCAAAACCAGCCCCGGAGGAGGACCAAUGCCCGGCAGCAACCCCCGGCUUGCGGCUUCUUUUGGUGGUUUCGGAGGAGGGGGAGGAGGAAGUGGAGAUAUUAGCCAACUAUUGGGCAUGUUACAACAAUUGCAAGGAGGAGGAGGUAGUGGUGGUGGGGCCCCGAGAUUGCAACAACAAAGAAGACAACCCUCUCCAACGCCAGUGUUUAGACCAACCCAAAGACCACAUAUAAAUACAAGAGCCCCUGAACAAAACCUUCAGGGUGGUCUUUCCCUUGACCUCCAAUUUCCGGGCAAUGGACAAUGGGCCAACCCCAUAAAAUACAACCCUGGACUUGGUCUGACGCCAGUAGUUGAUCCAACAAUAUUACCAGACGUUUUACCGCCCGCAGUGCUAGAUGCUUUGAAGAAAGCCACAAGACCUCCCGGUCAGACCAAAGCGCCAACCCGACCUACUGCAAAACCAACAAUUCCUCAAUCAACUAAACCAGGACACCUUCCAUCUACUAACCCAGGACAACUUCCAGCUAACGUUAUUGACAUGCUGAAUAGAGCUUCAUCUCCACCUUCCCAAAGACCGUCCAGCAAAACAACAAAGAAACCUACAAAGCAAAACGACACAAAAAUGGUUGGUUCAACCUCUCUGCCAAACAAAUCAACCUCAGCCGGAAGUUUGCCACCAAAUGUGCUGCGAAUGCUGCAACAAGCGAACUCUGCAGCAAAACCAAACUCGCCAAGACCUACAUCAAAACCAAUGCCGACAAAGCGACCUACUGCACCAAGACCCACAGGACCCCAGAUUCCCGCUGGUGGAGAUCCCAUGGCUGCUCUUCUUGCACAACUUCAGGCCCAUAUGGCUAAAACCUCUCAGCCAUCUGCAUCUGUUCCAGCCCAGAGUGAUCCUAUGGCUUCAUUGAUGUCACGCAUACAACAGCCAUCUAGACAGCCAGCCAAACGACCAUCAGGUGGCGCACCAGACCUUAGUCAACUUGCUGGUCUACUUGGAGGUAGUGGAGGUCUAAUGGGAGGUAGUGGAGGUCUAAUGGGAGGUAGUGGAGGUCCAGAUUUAGCCAGCCUUUUGGGAAGUUUAGGAAACCCUCUAGGAAACACUGGUGGUAACAUGGGCGGUAACAGCCCUAGCGCUCCGGGAGGAAUGCUUGACUUCAACAGUUUAUCUGGAAAUCUCAACGUAGCGGCGCUCAUGGGAGAGACACCUGGUCCAUCCCUUGGACAAAACCUGGACAUGACAUCAUUCUUUAACACACAAGGAAAGAUGGGUGCGGGAGGUGGUUUAGCUGGUCUUCAAAAUCUGAACAUUGCAAAACUUCAACAGUUGGAUAGACAAGGAGUGAUUGACAUAAGCGACCUAUCUCCUGCCGGUUUAGCUGCAGCAAAUGCACACUUUGGCUGAUCAAACCAUUAUACACCGAUGGAUGCCUACUUUAACUUAUGUGAUGUGGAUGUGUUCUUUUCUGUCAUGCUUUCAUAUGCAAGCAUGUCAUUUAUUUCUAACUUAAGCUGAUUUUAAAACUUAAUAUUUGUGUAUGCAUCUAUUUGAUUCUCAUAUAAAUGAUAUGGUUUUAAACGCUUUUAGAAAGAUCUUGUUCAAAUGUUUUCCGGGUAGUACUUGUUCCACAAAUGUUCAAAUACACAAUGAAUAAAGCAAAAACAACACCAAUAUAUAUGGUUAACCACAUUACGGAUGUAUGUAUCAAUCUAUCCGUGUCAAAUUUUUGAGCAAGCCUGAUUAAUGUUCAUUCAAGUUAAUUGUAUUCUUUACAUACUUUAUAUCAAAAUGACAUCAAGGUAAGUUAUAAUUUCAGGUCUGGAUUUGGGCAAAAUUAAUAGGUGCCUUUUUACAUCACUCUAAAGUUGAAAGGGGAGUACUAGUAAAUUUUAAAGUUCAAGUUUAACUCGUGUAUGGUUCAUCCAUUUAUUAAGAAUUCAUUAAUUUAUAAAAAUAAUAUGCGUUCAAAAAGUACGGAUAUUAUGCAGACGCGGUCCCAAAUCUUAUGGUGUAAACUCAAUGACCUUAUAUUUAUUUGAUUGCUUUAAUGAUUCUAUAAAAUGGUGAAAAACAUAAA